UCCGCCAUUGAAGCCGCGCGUCCCGCUCAGGACUGAGUGCUCGGCUGUCCUUGUUACCGACUUGCGGCUCGCUCGCGCUCAUGCACGCCUCGCCGCUCUCCUCGUAACACCCGCGGAAGGAGCUUCGAGCAUUCAUCGAGCCUCGCCGCCGUUGCAGCAACGCUCUUAACUUGGACCGUGGCGAGGGUGGGUGGGGGGAGUCGGGUCUUCUCGGGGCGCAAGCGACGCUGUAUCCGGCGGAUCCGCUAGACGAGCCCGAGGCUUGGGCCUUGCACGCAUCGGAGUCUCCCUCCCCGAGCCUCCGCUGGCGGCGCUCACUGUGCAAAAGAUUAGACAGACUCGACGGCGCUCAGAUGUGCGACCAGUUCGCGGCGUAGCGACGCGGAGGUUGUCUGCGGAAUAAGCGUACGCACGCACGGAUGCAUUGAAGCGUCAGCUGCGUAUCGGUCGCGGUGAGAGUGAAGUAAGUUUUAUUGGGGGCUCUGUUCUCUGGGGUAGCUGUGGGUGCUUGGGGCUGCAAGGGGAGUCCUUGGACGGGUCGUUUGGUAGGUGACUGAGCCGGGUGAGUCGGGCAGCUCGAUCGGUGGUGCGGUGAGGGCGGGGAGUGAAUUUGCUCGAGGGAGUUUGUGUGAGUUGUUGGUCGGGUGAGCCGGGGUUACGUUGCGUUGGCGGAGGAGGCUUACCGUAGCGGUCUGCGUUUGGAAUUUGAUGUUUUGAGGAACUUUGCUUGCUUGAGAAGGUCGGUUAAGUUUAGCAAGUACUUUAUUUUGAACAUUCUGUUAGUCGGUAGGUGAAUUAUGUUGAAGUUAGGUGUGAUAGUUGGUCGGUGAGUUGCUUCCAUGGUAGGUUAAUUGGUAUGCGGUUGUUGAUUUUGGGUUCAUUGGGUGAGUCCUUUUGAAGGUGGGGAAAGUUGGUAUGUUGGUUCAUUGGUAAGUUGGGUUCUUUUUGGGCUAGGGCUCGUAUUUGGUGGGUUGCGUUGUUGAAAAGGUGGACUGGUUGGUGGGUUACUUGGCAGGUGUGGAAGUUAGUAGGUAACUUGUUUAUAACGUGGAGUCAAUUGGUUGGUGGGUAACUUCGAAGGAUCGCCAAGUUGUUCUGGCGACUGUGUGGCUCCCGUGGGCGAAGCGGCCUUGGGGGUGGGGGUGAGCGUUGCCCGAAGCUUUGGUGCGCUCUGCGGGGCGGGCUGCAUCGCACGAACGCAUUGCUUAAUGCGUGACAUGGGCAGUAGCAUGUGCAGCCGACGAAAAGGUUUCCUGCAGAGCGCCUUUCUGCUGCUCACCGUGGCCGCCUUCGUCUACGGGGCCAUCAUGUACAGCGAGCUGCACGGCAAGACGCGGCGCGCGGAGAGUUUGUCGAUGAAGUAUCAGCAGCAGCAGGAGUCCCUGGCGGCGCAGCUCCAAGUGGUUUACGAGCAUCGCUCCAGGCUGGAGAAGUCCCUGCAGAGGGAGAGGGGUGACCACAAGAAGACCAAGGAAGAUUUCCUGCUUUACAAGCUGGAGGUGCAGGAGAAUCUGAGCAAGGAUAAGCAAGAAUCAUUGAACAGAUUCAACUCGCUCAAUGCCCAGCACCAGAUCCUCAAGUCGCAGCACGAGGAGCUGAAGCAGCAGUACACAGACAUCCACGAGCAACACACGGUGCUGCAGGACACGCACGAGCAAGCGCUGCAGCGGCACCAAGAGGAGCUGGGGCAGCUGCAGCAAGACAAGGACACGGAGAUCAGCUCCCUGCAUCAAAACAUGUACAAGCUGCGGGAGGAAGGCAAGCAGUUGCGUAAGGCUCACCAGGACGUGCACAAUCAUCUGCAAGAGACCCAGCAAAAUCACAACCGCCUGCUGGAGCAGCAUGAACAGCUCAAGGACACCCUUCGGCAGCAUCAGUCGCAACUGGCCAAAGCGCAGGUGGAAGUACGCGAGUACCAGCAGCUGAAGGAGACUCUGAAUAAGAUGCCGAGCCUCAUGCAAGGGGCGCAGGGCGGCGCGCAGGCAGCCGACUCGGGGCGCAAGGCGGUGGCCGCAGAGGCGGUGCAGCGGGACCGACGGCCACCUGAAGAUGAGUCACAUUUGGAUGAGAAAACGAAACAAAUGCUUGAAGUAGAGAGAAGAGAGCGACAGGGGUUGUUAGACAAACAGCGACAGGCGCGCAUUGAGAGAGAUCGCCUUAUGCAGCAGCAGCAGCAGCAGAAGCAGGACAAUCAAAUCCAACCUCAGGAGAACCAGCUGCCUGGCCAACAGACGCCGAUCAGCAAAGUGAAGAGCCACUACGAGACGCAGCUGGAGCAGCAGCGAAUGGCGAAGGAGCGCGAGGAGGCGGCGCGCCGGCUCGCCGAGCAGCAAGAGCUGAUCUACCGGCAGCGCUUGGCGCAGCAGGAGGCACGGCAGGCAGCGCUGCGCCAGCAGGAGGAAGCGCAGCAACAAAACGAGAGCCUGAGGCAGGCCCGAAUCAGGCAGCAGGCAAUGUUUGACCAGGGGGUGCAUGGGAAGGAGGGAGGGGAAGAGGAGGAACCAGAGAAAAAUGAGUCUGAGAAGAACCCUGAAGCCGCAGAUGAACACAAGCCUCAAGACUCCGUAGCAGAGAAGCAGGAAGCAGCUCGGGCCAACUUAGCGCCUCUCAAGCCCGAGCUUCAGCAGCACCAGCCCUUGAUUCCGGCUCCAUCAGCAGCACGGGUGGAGCAUCACAAUGAACACCACGAUGAACACGUCGAGCAACAGCAGCUGCCGCAUCAGCAGCAGCAGCAGCAGGAAGAGGAAGAAGAGGAGCAGGAAGACGAAGAGGAUCAGAACCCGGCUAACGACCCAAACAACCAGGGCGAGGACGAGUUUGAGGCGGAGCAGGCUCUGCAGGAGAGGGCUCAGCGCGUCGCCGUCGGGGCGGCGGCGAUGGGCGCGAGGGGGGGGGGCGGCAGUGGACACGCACGACGCCGCCGAGAGGUUUGGGGACGGCGCUAACGGCGGCGGGGAGGGGCGGCACGCGGGGGUGGCGC